CCAAAUACUGUUGUAUGGACAUGGUUGUGUUAGAAAUUAACUUUACAAUCCUCACCAGAGAGCUGCAACUAUCAGGCUUAAAGGAAAUAUUUUUCAAGGACUAAUUACAUUUAUUUUACUUACCACGUGGAAGUGUAUAUGUAACUUGUAAUUUUUUAAGUACUGCUCUCGAGAAUUGUAUCAACAAAAUGUAUAAGCGGACAUCUUCACUACAGAUGGUUUCGGUAAAGGGAAAUACCGGUAAGAGAAACAGUUCUGCACCAGAAAUACGCUACAGCAAAGCCGAGCAAGAUAAUGUAGCCGAGCAAGAUAAUGUAGAAAUUUGCUUUUUUGAUGCACACUUUGAUCUCAACAAUCACUGGAAUCCGCAACAAGACGGUGACCAAUUAAACCAAAUGACAAAAUGUCAAGGUCAAGAUGUAAAACUUACCACUGAAACGGCUGACAAAACAUUAGGCAAUACACCUGAAUAUAAGCAGCAUUUGCAAUCUGCAAGAAACAAGGUAAAUAUGGAACUUACAGACGACAGCCAAACCUGCAGAAGAUUCGCUAUUCCUUUAAAUAUACCAGAUAACUUGAAAGAAUUUGACAUUACUGCAGAAGCUGAUCUACAACGGAAAGGAAUGGUAAAAGGACAUUAUGUUGAUAAAAGCAUGAAGAGAACUUGUACUGGAUGCCAGAAACAGUUCAAACUGAAAAGAAAACCUAAACACUGUAGAAGAUGCGGGGAGGUGUUCUGUUUGAAAUGUGUAAAAUACAGAAGAAAACUGAACAUUUUGGCUAAUCCAGACCCCGAGGGCAAGAUAAGAAAGGUGUGCAAAGAGUGUUUUGAGGGUGAAUCGCUCAUUUUAGGUCGCACAAACAGUUUGACAGACGAAUUUUCCAAAGAAAGGUCACUUGCGAAAUGUGCGAGAGUGAUCGACCAAAGAGUUAAUUCUUUGACAACAACUUUCUGGCCUGAUGAAAUUGACAGACAGGCAGAAUGCAUAAGGCUACUAACGGGUUUUCAACAGGAAGCCAAACAUCUAGGAUCUGUAAACGCCUUACAACCAUUGAAAGUGAAACUGAAAACACCGGCAUGGCAGAAAUCUAAGUACUGGGACAUUGAGAUUCAGGCUACAAAAUGUCGUUCAUGUAAAGGAGAUGUUGGACUAAGAAAAAGUUCUGGGAACUGUCGAGUGUGUGGUCUAGCUUUAUGUAGAAAAUGUUCCCAUAAGGAGUUGCUGUUGUUCUUUGAAAAUGGAGAUAUAACCGCUGAAGCCAGACUGGCCAUUAUACAUGUUCCAGGUGCACCUUCACAUGAGCCGGACAUUUCACUGUUGCUUUAUGUAUGUCUUGACUGCAAAACAUAUAUCAGCCAGCAACAGCAGUCGGACUUGCUGUGGUAUACAUGUGGUGUUGAUAGAGGCAUUGUAGAUGACUUAAUUGAGGUUGAUGAUAAAUUCAAAGAUAUGAAAUGGAUAAUAGAAGCAUCAAUACAAAAGGUCGAAGAAUUAACGGACAAAGUCAGUUGCAGAGAGCUUUCCUCACCCGCAAGAAAUGCUUCAGCAGAAAUAAUGACUUUAAGAACAACCCUGAACAUGUAUGAGAAAGAGAUCAAACGCGUGAGAUCAUGGUUCGACCAAACACUGACGAGAACAGAAACAACUCUGCUUGAGAAUUACAUCAAGAGUAGAUAUGAGUUUUACAAGGACCACAGAUACAAGUGUCGGACCCUGGGGAACAAACUGGAUGCCGGAAGAAAUAGGGACGACGCAUAAUUUAUAACGGGCAGUUGUUCAGAUUUACAAUGUAAUUGACAAUUGUUCACAGUUACUAAUAUUAUGCGUGUGUACAAAGUUACAAUAUUACGGAUGUGUUUAGAAGUAUUAUAUAUUGGUUAUGUUCAUAGGUAAGAUAUUAUGGGUGUGUUUAGAAUGAAGGAUGUAGGAUCGAUUGUUUUUACAUUUUAGUUUUUCUUUCGUACUCUGAGACUCUGAGAGCUUGAAGAACAUUAGUGUCUAAGACAAAAAGGGCAGAAAAGGCACAUGUCACCGCACUCGUUUUUAUUUUGUAAAACAUGUUAUUCACCCACUGUUGAAGCAUUUCUGAAAUCAAGUAAAAUUGAAAUGAAAUGAGGUACUUAAUAAAACAUAUAAUAUUCCGCUUAAUGCUG